CUGGUACCACUGUUAAUAGCACAAACUGCAAAGCACAUACACAAACCAACGAUUGACGAUGCUAACUUCUUAUUGAUAGCAUGUUAUUUCACCAUACAAUUUAUGAUAAAUUCUUUUCAUUCCGAGUGUAGGGAUUGAAGACAUUAUUCAAGAUGAAGAUCGGAUUGUGUGCGUACAGUGGGUACAAAAUUUACCCGGGACAUGGGAAAACCAUGGUGAAGGCUGACGGAAAGACUUUCACUUUCCUCAAUUCAAAAUGUGAACGUGCUCACUUAAUGAAGAGGAAUCCCCGAAAAGUAACAUGGACAAUAUUGUACAGACGCAAGCACCGUAAAGGUCAAGAAGAAGAAACUUCCAAAAAGAAGACUAGGAGAACACAAAAAUUUCAACGUGCUAUUGUUGGCGCAUCACUUACCGACAUUAUGGCAAAGAGAAAUAUGAAACCAGAAAUGAGAAAGGCUCAAAGAGAUCUUGCUAUUAAAGCAGCUAAGGAUCAAAAAAAAGCUGCCAAAGCAGCUAAAAAGCCUCCUCCGCCACCCCCUACUAAAAUGAAGAAACAACCUAAGAAAGUACAAAGUAAAUCUGUACAGCAAAAGGCUGCUCCUCGUGUUGGUGGAAAACGAUAAGUUACUGUAAAUUUAUACUUAUUAAUAAAAAAAAAUAUUGACGAAAA